AUGAUGCUGGGUAUAGAAGAAAUACUCUGUGAACUUGGCGGUGGCGGUUGCGGUGGCGCCGGCGGAGGAGAGGCGGAGCAACAAGGUGGUUUGCCACCUGGGUUUAGGUUUCAUCCCACUGAUGAAGAGCUUAUCACCUUCUAUCUUGCUUCUAAAGUCUUCAGUUUUAGUUUCUCUGGAGUUGACAUUGCUGAAGUUGACCUGAAUCGCUGUGAACCAUGGGAACUCCCAGAAGUGGCAAAGAUGGGGGAAAGAGAGUGGUAUUUCUAUAGCUUGAGAGACAGGAAGUACCCGACCGGUUUAAGGACGAACCGGGCAACAAGUGCUGGUUACUGGAAGGCAACGGGCAAGGACCGGGAGGUUUACAGCAGUGGGUCGGGUCGGACCCUUUUGGGUAUGAAAAAGACCCUGGUUUUCUACAAGGGUCGGGCCCCACAUGGUGAAAAGACCAAAUGGGUCAUGCAUGAGUACCGUCUUGAUGGUGACUUUUCCUAUCGUCACACGUGUAAGGAUGAAUGGGUGAUUUGCAGAAUAUUUCACAAAAUAGGGGAAAAGAAAACAAAUGGUGGACAAAACUACCCUCACUUCAAACACCGCCAAUCAACAAUAGAAUCAUCACCCUCAAGUUCAACUCCCACCACCACUACAAUUACCAGAAAGCCCUUCCAUGAAGGUACAACACCCUUAAUGCACCACCACUCUAACCCCCCACCCCCACCCCCACCCCUCCAAAACCCAUUUCUAUUUGGUGACAACCAUCAUGAAAUUCAUGAUCAAGAACUUAAAUCACUACUAAACCUACCAUCAUUUCCAACCAUCCAAACCACCCCUAACCCCACCCUUGUUAAGACCCUACUCCCAAAUCAACCCAUUACUACCCCUGUGGCCAAACAGUGCAAAACUGAGGCUCAUUUUACCAUUCCACAACUCCCAGAUGCUAACUUGCACCGCUGGGGGACAGACUAUAUCCCCCCUCCUCCAUUGUUUCCAUUCCAGCAAGAGGAUCUUGGUGAAAUGGAGUACUACUUCAACACAUCAGGAGGAGGUGGUGUUACAAGAUUAGGAGCACAGGGUACAAGUGAUCAUAGCAAUGAGGCAAUGUCUUUUGAUAGGGUCGGGCUUAAUCAGUUGUUAUCAAGCAUUUGA